UCAAGCAACGGCUGCUACAUAGGCUAACUACCUAUACACACACAAAUAAGCUUUUUGCUGCCAACUAAACUCAAUCAAGUUUCACCGCAUAAUACCAUUUACCCAGCAAUAAGUGGGGUUCAGCGGAGUCGCAGCACGCAAGCGCGUGACCCAUCGCUCUGACGUCUCACCAUGCGCAGACCCCGAUAAGGGCUUUCUCUUUCUUCUUCCCCUCCGCGUUCAGAAUCACCAGAGGAUUAUGCCUCGGGAAGGUGAAGAACAACUAUAGAGAAUGGAAACGGAUCCACUAGAAGGGGCAAGUCUGCUGGCGCACGCGGAGCCUGGCGUGGGCGGCGGGAAGAACGGCAAGAGCGACGAGCAUGCACUCACACCGAAAGAGGCCAUGAAGGCCUAUCCGAUGGCCAUCUUUUGGACGCUGGCGGUCUCGAUGACGGUCAUCAUGGAAGGCUAUGACACGAUCCUCAUUGGCAACUUCUUCGCCUAUCCAACAUUUGCGGAAAAGUACGGCCAGAAGAUAGACCGGCAUGGGCACCACCAACUCUCGGCUCCCUGGCAAGCCGCCCUCAGCAACAUGGCCGGCAUCGGGUCAUUUUUCGGCGUGCUCAUCAAUGGGUAUCUGGUCGACCUUUUUGGCCAGAAACGCGUCAUCAUCGGCGCCCUCUGCAUGCUGUCCUGCUUUAUUUUCUUCACCUUCUUUGCACCGACGAUUCAGGUCCUCGCAGCCGGCGAGUUGCUGUGCGGCCUUCCCUGGGGCGUCUUCGCAUCCUCGGCACCGGCAUACGCCAGCGAGGUCCUGCCGCUGAGUCUCAGGGUCUAUCUCACGAGCUACACCAACAUGUGUUUCAUCAUCGGCCAGCUGAUUGCUGCAGGCGUGCUCGCAACGCUUGUGUCGCGAACUGACGAGUGGGCCUUCCGCAUUCCGUUUGCGAUCCAGUGGGUCUGGCCAGCCUUGCUCAUCCCGCUGCUGUGCUUUGCUCCCGAGUCGCCCUGGCACCUGGUACGCAAGGGCGAGAUCGAGAAGGCGGAGCGGUCGCUGUUGCGGCUCAGAAAGCGGUCCCACGUCGCCGGGGACGAUGCCGAGAUCCAGGAGACGCUGAAGACCAUUAUCCGAACAGACCGCCUGGAGAAGAAGAUCACGGCCGGGACGAGCUACUGGGACUGCUUUCGCGGUGUAGAGCGGCGGAGAACCGAGAUCGCGUGUAUGGCGUUCGCAGGACAGAUGUUUUCAGGCCUCGCGUUUGCGUAUAACUCGACGUAUUUUUUCCAGCAGGUCGGGCUCACCCCGAGCCAGACCUACCGACUCAACAUAGGUGGCACGGGCAUGGCGCUCGCUGGGACGCUGGUCUCGUGGUUCGCGCUGAUGCCGUACUAUGGCCGGCGCCGCAUCUUUCUUUGGGGCAUAUUCGUGCUGUUCCUGAUCCAGUACACCAUCGGUGUCCUCAACAUAUGGACCGACAACCACACCGUCGCCAUGUUCCAAGCCGUGCUGACGCUGGUCUGGACGUUUGUGUUCCAGCUCUCCAUUGGUCAACUGGGCUGGGCACUGCCCGCCGAGGUCGGCUCGACGCGCCUGCGGCAGAGGACGGUGUGUCUCGCCCGCAACACGUACUACCUGGCCUUCGUCGUCGCGCAGACCCUACAGCCCUUCUUCAUGAAUCCGACCCAAUGGAACAUGAAGGGAUAUACGGGCUUCUUCUGGGGCACGACGGCGCUGCUUACGUGGUUGUGGGCCUUUUUCAGGCUACCGGAGACGAAGAAUCGAACGUACGAGGAGCUGGACUGGUUAUUUGCUAAAAAUACGCCGACGAGGAAGUUCGAGACUACGGUGGUGCAUCUCUUUGAUGAAGAAGAUGGCGAAGAGGAUAAUGAGGAAAGAGCCGCCGAGGCCGGGGAACGGGGUGACGAGGGUGGGGAACAGGAGCCGAGAUGAUAGAAUGAGAGGGGGAAUAACUGUGGUCAGACGAGACUUGAAUAACAAAGGAGAAAUUCGAGCGUCAUCAAAUCAUAAAUUUUCGUUAUCUUGGGCGACUGUUCCAGAAACAAAGCCUCGCCUUCUUCUCCUCCAGGCAUGGUCUCUACAUGCUGCCUUCAUUGUCGUGAAGUGAAGCGGCCGUUGUAUCUAUGUUGAGCCUGCCGCUCUCAUCCAGGCUUGUGCAUGCGUACAAGCUCGCUGGCCGGUUUGCUCGCGGUCCAUGGGCACGUCUGCAUUAGGGAAUGACGUGUAUAAUUAUGAGCGGAGCUGCUGUU